CAAUGUUUCCGCAGGCAGGGCAGUGUUGAUUAAGGCAAAAAUAGACUUCUGACAACAUGGCCACAAGAUCAGCCCUACUUAAAAAGGAAUCGAAAGCAUGCACAUCUUGGGGCCCCUCCCUGGCCUCACCUCUGGAUGUUUGGAAAUGUGCUGUUAGAAAAUAAGAGUUUGGAGCUUUUCCUCCCUGUGCCGAGAGCAGGCUGGGUGCCAGGCAGCGUGAGCACACUGUGCAUUGACUGUAUUUAAUGAAAGCCAGGAGAGAACACACUACACAGUGUUUCUGUGCAAAGGCAGCUAGCCUUCAGUGAUUGCAAUCAAUAAAAACACUCGGCCAAGAGGCCCGGGGGUGGGGGGUAAGAGAGACACGGAUUGUGAGGGAGAGAUCUACUGAGUUUGCCUGCCCUUCUCUCCCUCCCCCUCCACCAAAAACAAGUGAAACUUUGGAAAUAAGAAGACAAACAGGUCUCCUUUCAGCAGGCAGGAGUCCUGUGCAUUUCCCCCCUCUGCUGGAUGCCCAAAAAGCCCCAAUCCUGCCGUUGACUGCAAAAUGAAAGGUUUGUUGUUGUCCUGAGCUUUGUAAAAAGCUGGCUCCCAACAAGUGCAGCACUCAAAGCACAAAGCACAGCAGCAUCUCUGAGCAAAAGCAAGAUUUAAACGGAGCAGCCAUGGGAUUGAGUCCUAUCAAACCACUGCAGGGUGGCUAAUAUCAGCUAAUCUCAUUUACCCAUACUCAUCUGCAAGAGUACUGCCAACGUCCAGGGAUACAUGAGCUCCAAGCCAAGUCAUUGACAGCUCAGCUGGUGACCAGCAAAGAAGCAGAAGACUAGUAUCACUAUGUGGAGUUGCGAAGACCUUAACUACACCAAUAGCGGCGAAGAGCAGUACCUGUGCAAUGAGUUCCACCUUAUUCUCUUUAUUUUCUCCAUACUCUACCUCAUCAUCUGCUUCCCAGUUGGCCUUUGCUAUAACGUGCAGCUGGUGCUGGUCAAUCUCUACAACAAGGCGACAAUGACUAUGCCCGACGUAUACUUUGUGAAUAUGGCCAUUGCCGGACUCAUCAUCAACACAAUUGCACCGGUGUACCUUCUUGGACCAGCCUACACUAAGUGGUCCCUGUGGAGUUUUGGAAAUGAAGUUUACAUUACCUUGUUAAUCCUCUUCAAUGUAUCCUCUUUAGUGAUCAUGUAUUCAACCACUUUGCUCAGCUUAGACUACUACAUUGAAUGUGCUCUUCCAAGGACUUACAUGUCCAGCGUGUACAACACAAAGCACGUGUGUGGAUUUAUUUGGGGAGGAGCCAUUCUCACCAGUUUCUCUUCCCUUCUCUUCUAUAUCUGCAAUCACGUUUCUACCAAAAUCAUUGAGUGUUCCAAGAUGCAGAACCGAGAAGCCGCAGAUGCCAUCAUGGUUCUCAUCGGCUAUGUGGUGCCCAUUAUUGCAGUCAUUUAUGCACUGGUGCUCAUUCUACAAAUAAGGAAAGAGGCUACGCCCCUUGAUCAAGAGAGCGGCAGACUGGACCCUUCAAUUCAUCGGCUUUUAAUUGCCACCAUUUGCACGCAAUUUAUAUUAUGGACGCCCUACUACGUGACACUCUUGGUGAACACUUUCAUGAAUGCUAGAGUAAAAUCGUCGAAUACGUUUUAUAUGAGAACAUUUCAAUUCACAGAAGGCCUGUCUAAUUUCUUGGCCUUUUCCAGCAGUUUUGUUUUACCUUUAAUACACAGGCAUAUUAACAAAAACUUCAGUGGUAAAUUACAGAGGCUGCUUAAAAAACUGCACUGCGGGAACCAAGGGUGCGCCCAUGAACACACAGUAGUUCAGCAAGUGAUGACGUAAGAAAAGUUACAGACUGGAGAUUGUGCAACGUUGAAGUGGUUUGUUAUUGAUUUAACCCAGUUUUUUAUAGCUUAUAUUGGGUGGUUGUGUCAGUUUAAUUCUUGAGCUUUGGAUAGCCCACACUGCAAACCUAUUGCAUGUGACAUCAUUAUAUACGGUCAUAUAAUACCUGUGAAGUACCGGUAGUGGUACCCACUGACGUGCUAAUGACCUGAAUUGUGGAUUUCUGAUGGGUAGAGACCUUGAAUCAGUAUUACUUUAACGUCCUAAAGGGACUUAAGUAGAGUAUGGACUCUUAGUAACAAAAUUUGCCAUGCAGCAAGGUGCAGAUGGUGUUCAUACAUUCGGAGAACAUUCCAUGUGUACUUAGGUGUAAGAGGGUGCCAUGUUUGAUGGCCGAUUAUUUACAUGCCUCUUAUUCUAUCAACAUAAAUAUAAAUUACAAGGAGAAAUUAUGAUGGUUAUUUUUGCCAUUACAUAGAAUUAAGCUGAAAGCACUUUGAUUGUAGAAAAGUUUCUAUUUUUUGGUAUGCCUAUUAAAAAAAAAUGUGUGAAUUGAA